UCUAGAAGAAAUGAAGCUCAUCACUGGUCCCGUCGUUGCUCCCAGCCACUUUCAACGUACCGAACUCGAUGCCAGUGUGACUUCCGUCUACCCCAUGACCAGAGCUCAAGAGGGGAUGUGGAUGGCUUACUCUGCUCAGCCACAGCACACCCUGUACAAUUUGACAAUGAAAUUCACACUGGCAUCCUCGGACACCUACUCGAUGGAGAAAGUUCUAGCGGGCAUCCAGACCCUCACCGCGCGUCACGGAAUACUGCGGUCCACCUUCCACGGCAACAAGUCGGUGCUGUCCCGCCCAUUCGUCGCGGAGUGGGACGCCCAGUCCGCGCUGCCGUCGGUCCGAAUCGUCGUGGAGCCGAAGACGGUCAUCGCCAAAAUGCAUUUGCAAAAGCUGCUCCACCAGGCUGUGCCGCUGUCGGAAGAGUUUGCUGUGCGCUGGCUCGUCGUCGAGCUCCAAGGCGCCAUCGAGGUAUAUGUGAUUGCGCAUCACAUUGCCUUGGACGGAACGAGCAUGAGCGAGCUCAGUGGUGAGCUCCUGGGUCUGCUCGAUGGGAAGGCGGAGGAAAGCAAGCCGAUCGGCGAGGUUUUCCAAAAGGCUCAUAUGAUGGAGUCUGUGUUCCGAGGAUCCGGUGCGUUCCAGCUGGCCAAGGAGUUCUGGCUCUCGCAAAGCCGGAAUACCUCGUCGAUCCAGUGGAAAGGCGUGCCCAAGGUGCCCGAGUCCCAGAACUACCGUGAGAUUGCGAGAUGGUCCGAGUUCAGCAAAGACCAACUGGCGCAAUGGAGCGCGCGGCAUCGCACGUCGUGGUUCAGGGUCGCGCUGGCCGUGGUCGCACUCCUCACCCAAUCGCACUCCAUCGCAGGCUCGUCCCGCGAUCAGACGCUGACGGUGGCGUUCGGCGGCCGUCCCAAGGGUCUUGAUCGAACCGUGGGACAUUUCGCCAACGCACUCCCCAUCCGGGUCCCGGUGUCUCAUCUGAUCCGAUCAUCGUCCACCAUCACCUUCGACGCGCUGCUCCGCCUGCUCUCGACCACCGUGUCGACUGCGAAGAAACAUGAGCGGUUCUCGUUCAUGGAUCUGUCGCAGGCGUGCCUCGAGGAGGGCUGCAUGCCGCCGCGGGCGCAGGUUGCGGUGACGCUGUCUCCGAAGCUAGAGCGCGAGGAGUGUGAGCUGUACCCCGUCGAGGGCCCAUAUGAUCUCUUCUUCUGCUUUCUGGAGGCCGCUGACAGCGUCUCUCUCGGAGUCAUCUACGACCCGACGCUGUUCGACCAGAAAUCGAUUGCGGCGCUCAAGGUCGACUUUGAACGGAUCGUGGCCCAAGCCAUGGCAGAGACGCCUUUCGAUCUCCAACCGCUUCUGGGGAACCGCAUCCCAUGUCUGCUGCCGCCUAUCGACACGACCGAUGCGGGCCAGGUCAGCAAGCGCCGUUUCCAUGUCAUGUUCGAGCACCAGGCCGCUCGCAAUCCCGCCGCGCUUGCCAUGAGUUGUGCGGAGCGAGACGAGUCCAUGACGUAUGGAGAGAUGAAUGAGCGCGCGAAUCAGAUGGCGAACGCCCUGCGCCAAUUGGGAAUGGGCCGCACCCAUGUCGUGCUGUUGCACUUGAAGCGGGGCUUCUCUACGUUGUGCUGGAUCCUGGCCGUGCUCAAGGCCGGUGCGACGUACGCUAUAGCUGAUCAAGGCCACCCGCUUGAGCGGACGCGAAGUGCGAUGGCGGUCGCCGAGCCCGACCUCAUCGUGGAUGACGGGAUGGGUAUCGAAGUGGGCCUCUUCUCAGGGACCGUCAAGAUCUUGCGCACGGACACGUGCACCUUGGACGCGUUCCCGAAAGACAAUCUGGAGGAUGUGUCGCAAGACGAUGACCUGGCAUACAUUGUCUUCACUUCCGGCAGCACCGGCCAGCCCAAGGGCGUCGAGAUCACGCACAGCAGCCUCUCGAACUGGAUCACGGCCGCCCACGCAGCCGGAUAUUUCCCCAUGGGCCCGUUUUCCCGCGUGCUGCAGUUCGCCACGUUUGCUUUCGACGCGGCCGUCCUCGAAUGGUCCCUGGCACUUUCCCUGGGAUCCAACCUGUGCUUUGCCAACACCCCCCAGGCCCUGAUCGGCGACUACCUCGCGGACGUCAUCGACAAGAAUCUCGUGACCCAUAUGCACCUGACUCCCAGUGUGCUUGGGACUCUGCCGGCGUCGAGAAGGUUGCAGAGCCUGGAGUGCAUCAGUGUGGGCGGAGAGAUGGUCCCCGACAACCUGAUCGAACGUUGGAGGACGAGGGUCACCCUGCAGAAUGCAUAUGGGCCGACUGAAGCCACGGUCGUCAUGGCUCACCGACCUCAGCCCAGUUCCCCAGGCGAUGCUGCGCCCUCCGCGGCGAACAUCGGCAAACCGCAUUGGCCCACGGAGGUGUUUGUGUGCAACCCUUCGUUCGACCGACUGCUGGCUGUCAACGAGGUCGGAGAGGUCUGUCUUGCCGGCCCGCAACUGGCCCGAGGCUACCGCAACCGGGCCGAUCUUACCAGCCAAAGAUUCGCAGUCCAUCCUCAGAAUGGCAAGCGGAUGUACAAGACCGGGGACCGCGGCAAACUGUUGGCCGAUGGGACCGUGGUCCUGAUGGGCAGAAUGGAUCGCGAGCUGAAAGUCCGAGGGUACAGGAUCGACCUGGACGACCUGGAACGCACCGUUGUGGCUGUGAUGCCGUCCAUCAUUAGCGUCUCGGUCCAGUCCUCUCCGUCGGGCACCGACCUGUGUGUCUUUGUUUCGCCCCAGACUGUCGAUGGGACCGAGCUGAAGCGGCUGCUUGGGCUCCGGGUGCCGAGCUACAUGGUGCCGCGGAAUGUGUAUUGUUUGCCGCGGCUGCCCUUGAACACGAGCGACAAGACGGACCACAAGGUGAUCAAGCUGCGCAUGGAGGAGCUGAUCAGGGACGCCAAGUUCCCGUCCGGAGCGACGACACCCAUCAGCACGAGCUCUGACGAAGACGACCUGAGCUCUCUCGAGGAUUCCAGCCGCAGCUCGACCUUGGCCGAUUCGACCAUGCUCCAAGCCGACGAGUCGGUGUCGCAUCAGGAACUGACCAACGUCUGGAUCGAACUACUCGAGCUGAAGUCAGCGCCUUCUGGGAAGAGCAGCUUCUUCGAUCUCGGUGGGAACAGCUUGCUCGCGCAGACGCUCAUCGAGAAGGUGAGGGGGCAACUGCCGUCGGGGUCGUUGUCGGUGUCUGUUCUCGACCUUUUCACCUACCCGUGCUUGGACGACUUUAUCCCGUUCGUCCAAAGUCGUGCUCCUGCCAAGGUCACAGCUCCCAGAGUGAAGGGCCCUCGGAUGUCGAGGCAGUCCUCGACCAAGUCACUCGCACCAGCCAGCCAGGCAGACACCAUUUCAAGCCUGACGAACAUCUGGAAGUCGGUCUUGCAACUGGAUCGGGUGGCCAAGGACGCGAGCUUCUUCGAUGCGGGCGGAAACAGUCUGUUGAUGACGACGCUGCACAAGUCCAUCGUCCGGUCCUGGCCCGGUUGCGGGGUGCAGCUCAUCGACCUGUUCCAGAACGCGACGAUCCAGAGCCAAGCCGAGUUGAUCGCAGUGCCGUCGCCCGAGUUGAUCGCAGUGCCGUCGCCCGUGCACAGCACCGCACCGUCUUUGAAGGCGCGCAAGAAGAGGGCGAGCGCCACUGGAAAGAAGGAGCGAGUCGCUAGCAGGGAGUCCGCCGGCCCAGACGAAAGCAGAGACAUCGCCAUCGUCGGCAUUGCCGGUCGGUUCCCUGGCUCGUCCUCGCCCCAGGAGCUCUAUCAGCUCUUGCUCGACCAGACCGAGGCAUUGACGCAUCUGUGCCCGGAUUCGCCAGUCGAGGUGUUUCCCGGCGGGGUGUAUGUACCGCACCGAGGCGCAUUGAAGGACGUCUGGGAGUUUGAUGGUGCUCGGUGGGGCAUCAAAGCUGAGGAGGCCGAGGAGAUGGAUCCGCAACAGAAACUGCUCAUGACCGUCGCCCAAGAGGCUCUGGAGGAUGCGAGUGCGGUUCCGCCUGCUUCCGGACCGAACAAGAUCGGCUUGUUCGUGGGAGCCGCUCCCUCGACCUGGGUUCCCAGCAAGCCAGACGAGGAUGCGUUCCACCAUGCGCACCGAGAGGCGCUGACGCCCUGUCUGUCGGCGCUGACGGCGUACCAUCUGAACCUGCAGGGCCCGAACGUGACGCUCCACACCGCCUGUUCGAGCGGCAUGGUCGCCAUGUCGUUGGCAGUCGACAAUCUCCGCUCGAAGACGUGCGAUGUCGCACUGGCGGGUGGAGUGUCGGUUGCAUUCCCGCAAGCGGGAUAUCUCACUGCGCCGACACGCCUGUUCUCGCCUUCUGGGCACUGCCGACCCUUCGACUCGCGAUCCGACGGCACGCUUCCGGGAGACGCAGUAUGUGCGCUGGUGCUCAAGCGGAUGAGCGACGCUGUCCGCGACGGGGACGAUAUCUACGCUGUGGUCAAGGGGAUGGCCGUCGGCUCAGACGGGAAGCCUGGGAAAGCAGGACCGACUGUUCCCAGCCCGAGAGGACAGGCGCAGAGCGUGAAGGGCGCGUGGAUGGAUGCGGGUGUCAGCGCAGGGAAGCUGGUCUAUGCGGAGUGGGUGUUGGAUAUCCAGGUUGCGCAUGUCAACUCCGCUAAUGUUUUGCACAGACUGCACGGCAGUGGAACACCGAUCGGCGACGCACUGGAGCUCGAGGGCUUGAAGAUGGCCCGACGAGAACUCGGGGUCGAGAAGACGCCGUACAUUGUGGGAUCGAACAAGGGCAAUCUGGGCAACUGCGAGGCUGCAUCUGGAUUGGUCUCUGUGAUCAAGCUCGUCAAGUCCAUCCAACAUGGCGUGGUUCCCCCGCUGCAGUCCUUCGAGCAGCCGAACCCGGUCAUCGACCCGACGCUGAAGAUCUCGUUUGCCAAGAAUCCCGUGCGGUUGUCUCCCGACGCCUUGCUCAGUGCAUCGAGCACGGGUCUCGGCGGCGUCAACGCCCAUUGCGUGCUGGCGUUCCCCCCCGCCCAGCACAAAAGAAAGGCGUCGGUCGAGGCGACGUCCAUCAAGGGUCCAGUCGACGUGUCGGUCGAGGUGCCCAGUCCGAAAGCGAGUGUGCCAGAUGCCACGUCGGCUGGUCAUCUCGUGCUCCGUCACGUUCGAUCUAUCCUCGGCACGGACGAGAUCAGCUCCACGACAGUGUUGAGGGAUGCCGGGCUGGACAGUCGCGGCCAGAUGGCGCUCCUGCAUCAGCUGCAGCAAGCAGGGUGCCACAUCCCUCUCUCGGCGUUCAUCGACCCAUCGUGCACGGUCGAGUCCAUUGUGGCGUCGAUCAGUGCAUCGCUUGCCUCCUACAUCUCGUUCCUGCAACAAGCUCCGACGGGAACGACGUACGUUCUCAUCGCACCAGGAGGCGGCAGCUGCCUGUCGUAUGCUGCGCUGGCGCGUCAUUUGCCGGCAGAUUCAACGAUCAUGGCGCUCGAUCACCCUGCGCUCCACGGCAUCGACUCGGAUUGUGGGAUCAACGAGCUCGCCACGAGAUACGUGAAGGACAUGCCGCCCACUUGUCGCGAUGUCGUGCUCGUGGGCGCCUCGUUCGGUGGUCUGGUCGCGACGGCGAUGCUGGGCCCGAUGCAAGAAGCCGGAAUCCAAGUGCGCGCGGUGGCCCUCAUCGACAGUCCGUUCCCAGGAUCCACCUCCGCAGACGUCUUGCUGACUGCGGAUGCGUUCGUUCGCAACGUGUUCUCUGCGGAGUCGAGGCCCGCCUUGUCUGCCGAGGAGGCAACCCUCGAUCUCGCCACGUUCGCCGCUCGGCAUGGCAGCGAUAUCCGUGCGCUGGCCGGGACGUACGAGAAGAACGUCAAAGCGAUGGCUGAGUGGUUGCCGUCUGGACCCUACGCCACCUCUGCGCUCUAUGUCGCUGCCACAGCUGGCGAGGUCGACGAGCGCUGGGAGGCGGCAUUUUCAGGGAUGUCCGUCGAGCGAGUCGAGGGGGAGCAUGCCGGUGCUUGGAUCGGAGACAACGCUGUCAAGGUCGCUGGGUGGAUUGAAAAGAUGCUCGGCGCGCAGUAAGCCGGACCGAAUGUAUUGAUAAUGUGAAAAUCGUUUCUAGUAUGGCAUGUUCUCGCAUCACAAUGUAUAUGUAUUAACUGUCCUUGUGUAAUCUUGCGCACUCGCUGGAGCUCAUGGCUCCGAGUACUUCACCCCGACGGCAGCCCUUCCGACCACGCCGGGAAAGCUGUCGCUGGGGGUGUGCGCGUACCGCACCGAUUCUCCAUACUGACAUCCUCCUCCUCGUCCACAUCGAGAGACGCGGCGCACCCCUCUCGAUAUCUGCUCUGCUCUGGAUGUAUACACAUGUGCCCGAGUCCGCGAGCUCGCGAGCAUCGAAGGGAGAGUUUGUUGAGCUCGGCGGUGAAAGCAGUUGCCCCCAGUCCACUUGCAUCGGCAAUCCGUGCUGCGUACCGAGUCCCCGGACGCGCCGGUUAGCGUCCAUCGUCGUGUAGUACGUAACAGUGCACGAAGUCAGUCGCUCGUGCCACGUCCGUG